UAGGAUGCUACAUUGCGUGUUGAUGGGGGGUAUAGGAACUUCUCAUGGUGGCAGGGACACACUUUGGACCUCUGUGUGGUCUUUGCCAAUUCCUAGUAAGAUUAAAAUUUUCUUGUGGCGAUCUUUGCAUGAACUCUUACCUUGUAUGGCUAAUCUUUUUUAUCAUAAAAUUGUUUCUAAUCCGAUUUGUUUUCGUUGUACUAGAAAGCCAGAGACAAUUAUACAUGCUUUAUGGUGUUGUUCGUCAACAAAAGAGUUACUGAAUUUCAGCAGGCAAAUGAAAAGGAAUCACUUCACCAGCCUAUCCCUGUCUUGGAUUGUCGUUGGGAUCGCGGCUGGUUGGGCUGCAAGUUUCGGGUGCUGUCCAGAUUUUGUUGAUGUACAGAUUGAAGGGAUGUUUAGGCUUUCUCUUUUCUUGUUAUUUUACCCUUGAGUUGUUCAAGAGCGAGUCUUUUUUAAGAUCACGCAUUUGUGCCUGUCUCUCAUAUUUGAAUUUUGGAUAAUUUGGCUAUUUUUCAAUGCUAUCUUUUGUACAUUCUUAUGAUGCUUAUUAUUUUUUAAUAAAGCAUCUAUUCCAAAAAAAUAA